CCUAGUAUAAGUAAGUAGAAUAAAGAUGAACAGCCUACCAGUACUACGAGGGAAAACAGACGCGGCUUGACCCAUGCUGCAGCAGAAAAGAAGGAUGCGUAAAGCCAAACAGUUCAUGGAUGUGGUUCACCAGGACAUAGACACGACAAUCCUCAGUCGGUCCGACAACAAGGCAGAGUAAAAAUAGCACAGUACUAGUACUUAGGAAUUUGAGGUAUCUCCUUCUCUAGUCUAGACUAGGACUAGGCGAGCUACAAUGGGCUCCAGCUUUCAUAGAGAUCUGGGAGUGCUUGCUCAGUUAAUGACGUUCUCGAUACCUGAAAGAUCACCGAUUGCUUAUUGAUUCAGUGUUUUACUAAAGAUUUUAUACACGAGGACCAGAAACAACACAGAGAAACCGUUGUUUAAACCGGAGUUGAAAAAUGGCGUCCUCUGCCCCCCCUAAGCCCGUGGGGGGGAAAAAUUCCACGGAUGGUGCCAUGAUGAAGUUGCGGUCCAAUCUAACAGGUGCCAAGGAAUCAAGGAAAAGGGCGGAGCUCGAUGCGCAACUCCUUGCAAAUCGUACAACGAACUGCAUGUUCAAACUACAAUAUGCAUCUCUAAGCCGCUCUAAGUACUACUACUCUAACGUAACCGUAACAUGAGUAGACUCUAAACGACAUAACUUAUCGAUACAACUAGCCUUUUUCGCAGGUAGAGUUGAUUAUCCACGACCUGUCCUUCUUGUAAUGAAGGUAAUUCCAUAUUGUUAAAUUUCUAUGGCCUUUUUUUUGAAUUUCUUUGUGCAGGAAUUGCGCUUUUGAAGCAGGAGGAGGAGAAAGCAUGGAAGAAAAUCGACGAGACAAGAAAGCGAGCAGGGGAGAUAGUAGGCUUGCGAACAGUGAAUGAAGGUGAUCACAUAAAGCUCCUGUGUCCUCCGUAUGUUGACUAGUUUUUUCCUGGCUUUGUUUUGCCGUCGUAGUUUUUGUUUUCUAACUACUACGAUUUGUUCUUUUGGAUUGAUGAUCUACUAUACCUAAAUAAUGCCUCCAUCAUGACCCGAAUUAGAUCAUUGCCACUUCAGGUAAAUUCAUGGCAAAAGAGGAUUUUUACAAGGGGAAAUGGGAAGGAAUACGGCAGGCACAAGCACAGAACGCUUAUAAUCGAGACAAAGCUAGAGCAGCAAGAGAUCAAACUAAGCAUGGCAUGCUCGAACAGAAAAAGAGCUCCGUGAAUAGUGUCAAAGCGCAUAGUCAGGUACCUGUCUGCACUAUUUUUGAUCCCCUCCUACUCCUUUGAUUCUUUCAAGUGAAGAAGUGAUGGUGGCAAAAAAAACGAAAUUCACCAAUUGAUCUUUUUGAGAACGAGUAUGCAAUCAAAACUACUUAAAGUAAAGAACCACUGGCGAACCUACACCCAAUGCCAGAACAAUCUGAUGCAGAAGAAGGAGAGGCAAGCACUAGAGCAGCAGAUGAACGCAGAACGAUCUGAACUUAUUCGUAGACAGAAGGCUGAAGCCAAGGCAAAACUAGAGCGGGAGCAAGAGGAAAGAUUGCAGAAGUGAGCUUUUUUAGUUCUUGUGAAUUCAGUCAAUUUGAUUACGUUUCACUUGUGAUGCUGUGAUAGUAGCAAAAAAUUUGUACUCGUUCAGUAGUGCUCUGUUCACCAGGCAUCUUGCUGUCUCUCUCAUUUGCAGAGGCUCUAAGACCACGACGUGUUGUAGUCGCGCACACAAUAACUUGUUCAUAUUCUAUUAAGGUUCCGUGCGGAUUACGAGAAUCGUGUUGCGCAGGAAGAAAUGCUGAGGUGCAGGACUGAGGCUUUAGUGGCACAGAUGGAGAAAGAGGAGAUGGAGCUUAUUCAGCGGCUACAGAACACGCAAACUGUUCAGCGCAGAGCAUAUGACGUAAUUUGUUUGUGAUGACUCUCCUUUUGAUACUCAAGAUGCAAUCCAUUGCUACAAUAUACUCAUGCUAUACAUUGAAGAAUUUGUAGGGGUAGUCUUGGGCUUUCAUCGAUUCUCAAAUAUCUUCAGGAGCUGGAGAGUGCCCUCGGCGCGACAACGAAUAAGUCAGCGCCUCCUGCACUGGAGUCGAUACCGUCGGGCAAGCAUGACUAGUUCAGCAGCGCAGAUAUUAGUACCUGGGGGCAACAAAAGGGAACCGAUAAAAGGCGUCCCCGUUGCUGAUAUCUUCUUGAUGUGUUUUGAAUAUCUCUCCUAUUAAGCAUUUGCUUGUUUUACUCGUCAUUGUGGAAACGAAUAUCAUAUCUCCUGGAUAAAAAGAAAGCGACCGCUUACUCUGGUCAGCGAAAGCAACAUUGUUAAGCCUAAUUCAAAGCCAAAUUUGUUGAUACACCAACAUCACAAGCAUUAUGUGAGCCUCAAGUAUGUGAAAAGUGCAUGGGGAGGCUUGUUGUAUGCGGUUCAAGGGGAGUGCCAUCGUCCUUAUGUGGGAGCUCUCACGAAGGCGAAUGACAGAUUGUUCUGCACAGGGUGCUUCUCCUUGAUACAAUAAGAGAAAUUGAGUCAUACAUAUACAGGAUAGGGAAUACUUCGCCAGCAACAACAUCCACCAUUCUGUCAUCGCGAUUUCAUUCAUUUUUUGACAUCUCUCUGUAUCCACUGAAUAUGAUGAUCAUCUCUACAACCUUGUUCAUUAUCACUCAUCUUCCGCGCCCCUAGAUGUCCCGGUUCGCGCGCCGGGCAAAAGAACAAGGGCAAACAAGAAAGUCAAGCUGAUGAAAUACCUCAGUUUGCCGAGUGGUGAUCAUUUAAGCAGCGAUGGAAACUGUAUAUUGAGGCAAGGAAGUAAGAACUUCGUGGCAGAGAGUUUUUCUAAAAGACGCUAUUUACCCUCGCUUGUGAGUAUAGAGUAAUCACACGAGGAAACGGCGCAAGGACGCCGCAGGACAUUGCCAUAUUUCCUCGCAUCUCUUUCGGGAACCAUGGAAUAUUUCCACCGGACACGACUGUUUGGCAAUUAGUAGAAGUAUACGUUGAAAAA